UCUCCUUUGCUUCAGACUGCUGUCUAUCAGUCAAUUUGUGGCUUUUCUGAGCUUAACCGAUGGCCCGUCCAGGCAGGUACUGGCUUUCACUGCCUUUCACUUGUCCUCCCACCCCCUUUUCUGCAUCAUUCUCUCAGUGACUAAGUUGAAAUAAUCUUAAGAAGUCAACUAGUAUCCACACUCAAGGCCUGUUUUGUUUUACAGCUGAGAGGCUCCUGGAAUGUGAAGAAGUGAGUGAAAGCCACUGCCCUUAAUUAAAAUCAUACUGGGCUGUCUUAUGCUGACAAGAGCGGGCUGGCCAGCAGGAGACAUGAAGGCUUUUGUGCUGCUUUUGUUUCUCAGCAUUGCGCUCCCUGUGCAUGGCAGCACCCGUCUCUACUACCUAGGAAUUGUUGAAGCGCAAUGGGAUUACUUCCCCAAUCGGAGAGAAACCCCGGACUUUGGCAAAGCAAAUUGCACACAGGGUCUUGGCAGCAUAUUAAAGAAAGCAGUUUACAAACAAUAUCAUGACGCCAGCUACUCUGUGGAGGUGAGUCAGCCAGCUUGGCUAGGCUUUCUGGGCCCAAUUAUCAAAGCAGAAGUCGGCGACCAAAUUAUCAUUCAUCUGAAGAAUUUUGCAUCUCGGCCAUAUUCCAUCCAUCCACAUGGUGUGCACUACGAGAAGGACUCAGAAGGAUCUUUGUACCCUGACCAGACUUUUGGAAAAAAUAAGCUUGAUGAUGCCAUUGCACCCAGUGGGUCCCACACUUACACCUGGACUGUGACAGAUGAACAUGCACCCACAGAGGAUGACCCAGGCUGUCUGACGUGGAUCUAUCACUCUCAUGUGGAUGCCCCACGGGAUAUCUCCUCAGGACUCAUUGGGCCAUUACUCACCUGCAAGAAAG